UAAUAAUCAGGAGGACCUCAGAGAUACUGUAGCAGAAACAUUUGAAGUCGGGGGAAGAGGUGAUAAUCAGGAGGACCUCAAUGAUACAGAAACAUUUGAAGUCGGGGGAAGAGGAUGUACACAAGAUAGAAACAAAUUUUUGAACUUGAUUUACUGGCGUGAUGCACCACAAUCAAUUCUAGUUCUAGAUGGAAUAUUAGCUUUGCUUUAUUAUGUAUCGGAAAACAAUGCAACGACGGCGAUUUUUCACAUUACACUUUUAUUCAUCAUAAUGGCAUUAUCUAUGCGUUUCUUCUUCAUAAUUACAAAAAUAAAGCGAAUGGACACUUCAAAUCUGCGAGAGUCAGCACAAUUUUAUGGCGAAACAUUGAGACAUGUGUGGCAUACAAGUUUGGGCAACAUUGAACUUGGAGUGAAAUCUGUUUGCGUUACCCUGCAUCAGGCAAUUUUUUCAGACGACAUUAAAGAAAUUUUUGUAUUUCAACUAUGUUUUGGACUAUUUCUCACCGCUUAUGUUCUGUCAUUCUUCAGACUGACAACCUCCCUGACAAUUGUAACACUGGCAGUUUUUAUCUUACCAAGAAUAUACGAAAAUAACCAAAGUAAAUUUGAGAGAAUUGCAAGGAUUUUUAAGAGGCUGUCAAGAAAAUUACGGAAUCAGCCAGAUGAACUUCAUGAAGAAUAACGAUGUCUCUUGAAUACAAUAAUAUACAAAAUAUAUAUAGACCUUUUUACAAUACGAUAUUUCCAGGGAAACGGAAGACAAAGGUCUAUAACAAUUAUAGUUUGAUAUGCUAAUACGACAUCGAUUUUAUUUAAGGCGUACAGCUGUCUUCAACUGUUAGGAAUGUGCAUUAAUUAAUCUGCUCACAUUCGCUCACAAGAUUUCAAUAGAAAUACAUAUUUAGUAUAUGUGAUAAUAUAACCAAAGUCCGUUUUGUAAUUCUGCUUAAGCCGGUGCUAGGGGGCGUGGACGGUAACUUGCCCUUUCCAGUACCGUUCAUGAACAGGCUCAAUCAAACCGAGCCUGCAACAUUUAACAAUUUUGCCGUGCUGGGCUUUCUUUAGGGAUUCUGUUUUUCUCUAUUUUAUUUGUAGUUUCAUUUCUCACAAUGGUUUCUGUUUAAUAUGUAAUAUAAUCAUGAUUUUGCACGGUAACAUAUUUCCAUUAUUAUAGUCGCUGUAUUGGUUUUUUUAUAUCUUUUGUUAUUUUUGUGUUAUUUCUAUUUAUAUGCUCAUGUUUUAAAAAUUUAAGAGGUUAAAUGUCUCGGCUCAGCGUUUUCCCAACAAAGACCUGAAAUUGAAACUGGCAGGGGAAACAAACUUAGAGUUAAACCUUUUUACGAUCGUAAGUUAUCUAACUGUUUUGUUUUAGAAUAUGAGUUUCACUUUAUUCUUACAUGUAACCUAUAUCUGUAGAUUGUAAAUGAAUUCAGGAUAAAUGCAUAUUUAUUAUAAAAGCAUCUGACUACAAAAUCACUAUCCUGCCAUUAAACGAACAAAUGUAUCUAAAACGCAGUAAAGAUGUAGAUAUGUAAAGAUUAAGAUUUAUGUAUGCCGUCUUUGUUUUUUUUUGUCUUUUUUGCAUAUCCUUUUCCUUAUUGAUAGGAUGUAAUAUGUCCUGUUUGUUUAUACCAUAAUAUGAUAAAAUAAUAGUUUGAAAUGUUUAACGGUGUCACAAAAUGCUUAUGAUCAAAAUAAAAAUCUUUCUUUUUGUUUAUUUGCAUUUCUACAAAUCUUGUACAUUGUAAUUUUAUAUGUCUUUAUUCUGAUGCCUAUGGCCCGUCCGGCUUUAAAAAAAAAUGUUAUAUUAUUUCAUGCGUACUUUUUCGUAGGUACAUAUUGUCCAGAUGUAUUUAUAUAUAUAUUUUUUUAGAGACAAGGCAGAGUUGUUACCUUUUAUUUUCAUUUUGGAAUAUCAAAUUUAUCACCUAAUACGGUGAACGAUAAAUAAAACUCACGCGAAUAAUGUAUUUUAUAAGACUUCAUAAUUGUAUGUACUAGUAGAUAAAUUAAAUGAUUUUAUGAAAUAAAAGGAUACCCUAGUGAAAGUUCAAAAAUAUGACCCAAUUUUUAAAGCCACCUUCAUUUUCAUUAAAUCUGACAAUAUAUUAUGUAUAUUAAUAAACCAUUUUUUCAGAUAUACUUGUUCUUAUUUUUGUGUCUAUUCAUUUCAAAACUAUGGGUUUUCCUUACCACUUCUAAAGUAAGAUGAAGAUGAAAUCAGUUAAGAAUUAAAUUACUGAUGCAAAUUUUUAAUAUUUAAGUCAAUAUUUUUUGCAAUCAAGACGGUAAACUUUU